CCGCCGCCGCUCGCCGGGGGGCGCGUCCCGCCCGCCCGGCCGCCCGCAGCCGCCUGCAUGACACUCCGCAAGGGGGAGAGAGCGACCAUCAGCAUCCAGGAGCACAUGGCCAUCGACGUCUGCCCCGGCCCCAUCAAGCCCAUCAAGCAGAUCUCCGACUACUUCCCCCGCUUCCCGCGCGGCCUGCCCGCCGCCGCCGCCAGCCGCCCCGCCGCCCCGCCGAGCCGCCCGCCCCUCAGCCCCGCCGAGCCGCCCCGCGACGAGGACGAGGACGUGGACCGGCUCUUCGGGGCGUACGGCGCCAGCGGCCCCGCCGAGCAGCCGGCCCCGCGCCCGGCCGAGGAGGAGGCGGCGGCGGCGGCGGACGCCGAGGGCUACGAGUCCGACGACUGCACUACGCUGGGAACACUAGAUUUCAGUUUGCUGUACGACCAAGAAAACAAUGCUCUCCACUGCACAAUCAAUAAAGCCAAGCUGCCAAAACUCACUCACAGAAAGGGCCUGAAGCCAAUGGAUCAUAAUGGUUUGGCUGACCCAUAUGUCAAAUUGCACUUACUCCCAGGCGCUAGUAAGGCGAAUAAGCUAAGAACAAAAACUUUGCGGAACACUCUGAAUCCCACCUGGAAUGAGACCCUCACUUACUAUGGCAUCACGGAUGAGGAUAUGAUUCGCAAGACGCUAAGAAUUUCCGUCUGCGACGAAGACAAGUUCCGCCACAAUGAGUUCAUCGGGGAGACGAGAAUCCCAUUGAAGAAGCUAAAGCCCAACCAAACCAAAACCUUCAGCAUCUGCCUGGAAAAGCAGCUGCCGAUAGAUAAAACAGAAGACAAGUCCCUGGAGGAGCGCGGCCGGAUCCUCAUCUCCCUCAAGUACAGCUCCCAGAAGCAAGGCCUCUUGGUCGGCAUCAUCCGCUGCGCACACCUGGCUGCCAUGGAUGCCAACGGCUACUCCGACCCCUACGUGAAAACCUACUUGAAACCAGAUGAGGACAAGAAAUCAAAGCACAAGACAGCAGUGAAAAAGAAAACACUAAACCCUGAAUUCAAUGAGGAAUUUUGUUAUGAAAUAAAGCAUGGUGACCUGGCAAAGAAGACCUUAGAAGUCACUGUGUGGGAUUAUGAUAUUGGAAAAUCAAAUGAUUUUAUUGGUGGAGUAGUGUUAGGAAUUAACGCCAAAGGUGAGCGGCUGAAACACUGGUUUGAUUGCCUGAAAAACAAGGACAAGAAAAUAGAGCGCUGGCACACACUAACGAACGAGCUGCCAGGGGCUAUCCUCAGCGAUUGACCCUAAAGACAGGCCCGGGGCCCCGAAGAUAGCCCAUCUCUCUCUCUCAACCAGAACCAGGAACAGUUCAUGCCUUUGGACUUCUAGUUUACUUACUACAUUAAAAGGGUUACUAAGUCAGCAAGAAAGAGUGGCUUGGUAAAUUCCAGCUGAUGGUCAGGCUGCAGGGAAAUACCACUGAACAAGACACAAUUGAUUUUCUCUGUUCAGUGGGUGCGAUCGGGUUUUCUCCUAGGUGUGUGUGUGUCUGUCUCUCUCUCUCUCUCUCUCUCUCUCUCUCACACACACACACACACACACACACACACACACACACACACACACACACACACACACACUCUUAAGAGAAAACAGGCCUGCAUGCACUAGAAUUGUGACUUAUUUGCUAACUAUUUGAUAUACUGAAUUAUCUUCUUGCUGCCUUGCAAAAUGAAUGGAUCACUUUUUGUUUGUGUAGCUACUAUGAGCAAAAAGCAUUAUUAAACAUGGAACUAUUUUACUAAGGGGACUGUGCCACAUUUCUGGUUGUCAAUUUCUGUAGUUUGGGCCUGCACAGUCUUUAUGCACUUAAACACCACCUUUUGGAAUGAUCAUCUUCUCCAAUAAUCUAUAAGGACUGUUUGCUUUUCUUUCAGAAAUGUAAUGCUUGUUCUGUCUGAUGAAGUAUACCAGUAUGCUAAAAGGGCUGUGCAGCUAUAUAAGGCAAUAGCUUCCUUGUAUAAGUUGACCUGGGAACAGUAGGCACUUGCAGCCUCACUAGGAAUAAUACAAGGCUUCACAUUUGCUAAAAGAAGUUUUGAUAUUUAAGAAAGAUCAGAAAAUCAACAGACAAUUCCAUUCUAGCACUUACUCUUGCUCUAUUACAGACAGUGGGACUUCACACUAGUACUUCCAUGCAGCUGCUAUUUUUAGGAAACCAUGAAUCUGCCUUUCUUCCUGUCAACUACACAGCUGGUUUGAACAGGAUUAUUUUUCACUGAAACUUACCUUCAGAUUUUACUGUUAGUGCAGACAUUUCAUUCCGGUUAGUGAGAAUGAACAGAACCCCCGAAGAGUUGCCACUAGCUAGAAGGGCAAGAGGCGGCAGACUUGAUGCUACAGUAAGUGCCAUGGGUCAAAUUCUGCCUUUGGUUACAUGCACAACAACCUUCAUGGACUCCAGUGGGCAUUACACACGUGUAAGGGACAGAGAAUUUGGCUUUGUCUCUUCCUUUAUUCAGCCUUCUUAACAGUGUAUGUAACUCCUAACUCCCCAGGUAGGCCAAUUAGCCCUUCCUCUCUACAAAUCUGUUCUUUGCAUCGGGCUGGCUUCACUCACUGUCCAAAGACUUAGGCCCUGAUUUUUGCCCCACUGACAUCAUUGGUAGGUUUGUGGGAGAACAAACAAUCCCUGGUGGAAUGUGCAAGGGACAACUGCAAGUCUGCGCUAUUGAGAAGGAGCCAAUUGAAUAAAAAGCUAGUUCUAGAAUCUCCCCCUCUACCAAACACACAGCUCCCAAACCAAACUUCUCUACUCUGCCAGUCACACCAUACACUGGAUCAAAGUUUCUUCUCUUUCUUUCAUUAACCACAUUGUUCUAUUUUCCUAUCAUGUCCAAGACAGUUCACAAGUUUUUCUGCAAACACAAGAAGUCACAAAUGAGCUAAACUAACUGCAAAAUGCUGCAUGUUGGCAGAAUUUAUAGAAGCCUUUAAUCCAUGCAUUAUUGAAAAGGUCCAUAGUUACAUCAAGUCUUUACUAUGUAGUAGUUCAUAAACAUGUAUUUUUGGGCUGAAGACCACUUUUGGGGAUCAAUCAGAUCUCUUUAGACCUACAUUGAUUUUUCAAAGUUAUAAUAAUAGUACACCUUGUUAGAUAUGGGAAAACCUUCGUAGGGUCUUUUUAACAAUGUAAUAUUUGUAGUGAAUUACGCAGAUAUGCAUGAAUUUUAUUUGAAUGCCAACAGUGUGUCAAGUUAGAUGAUCUCACCAAUUCUCUCUUGCCCAUGUAUGAUACUUUUCCAGCACUUUUUAAAAUAUAGCAGGAUAGCUAGGGCUUGAUUUCAGAAGUGCUGAGCCCCCACAGCUCUUACUGGAGUCCAUGGGAGCUGCAUGUGUUCAAGGGCUCUGAUAAGGAGGCUCUUAGAAUGGCCAGGAAUAAUAGGGACUCUCCCUUUUUGUCAGUUAUUUUAAAAGUACCAUUUGUUUAAGCAUAUAUUUUGCCAUAACAUUAGUUUAUGCCUAAUGUGGAGUGGGACAUAACGUGUGCAUUUUUUCAUUUUGUAUUUGUCUUUUUUAACUGGGCUGUAUAUAUAAAUUGCAUGCAAGAUGGUUGUUGUCAUGCAAGAACUUGUUAAAUGUUUGAUACCAAUGUUUUGCUACAACGUGAAGGCUGCAGUAAUUGUCCUUAACUGCAUCCUACAAGAAUUUUGUAUUUCAGUAUUAUCUACGUGUACUUAUUGUUGGAUUUGUUAAUAUUUAUAAAUAGAACCCAAAAUAAAAAGGAAAAAAAGGUGAAUUGUAAAGGUUCAGCUUCUGAGACUCCCCCUAUUUGUACAGUAAUCGCAUGCUCAGUCCACCAUGCCGCAUUUCAAACUCAGAUACUGGAAUGACAACGAACAUGACACAGACUUUCACCUCCUUUGAGGGUGUGUCAAUUUUCACAGGCGCUAGACGAAUCAUUUAGGAUUUUAUGCACUUUUUUUAUGGCCUUAACUUUUCAGAGCACUUCAGGGGCAAAAAUUGCUCAGCGGCAGCUGAUUCUACCUAGAAAAAAAUGUUUCUUUUGCCAGUUGUAAAACCAAGGGCCAAACCCUGCUUGUUUUGCUCAUGUGAGGAAUCCUACAGGAGUCAGAAGAGCAGGAUCUGGCUUCCAAUUUGUAAUGGGACAAUGCUGGAAUGUUACAAGUGCAUCACUAAAAAUGCCUAUUGUUUUGCUUCCUUAGGAUUGUUUUACAAAACAUACUGACCCCGACAGAAACUCAGAGUAAAUAUUCUCUGUGACAUUACAAGUACCUGCUGGGUUCAAAAAGAGUUAUGAAUCCACCUGGGGGAUAUGCAGCAGGAGUAGAUGAACUAAGCAACAAAGAGGCAUUUCCUAGUGGGGAAAAUCAAAGGUGCAAAAUUAAAACCAAGAGUAGAGCUAGCCAGUGGAUUAAUUUUUGGAGUUGGAGACAGGAACAUCUGCAUUUUAAUCUAAGCUCUGCCGGUGGCUUGCUGUAUGGCCUUGGGCAAAGUCACUUAGCUGCUCUGCCUCUGCUUCCCCGUCUGUAAAAUGGGGAUAUUUAUCUACCUCACUGGGGCAUUGUGAGGUUUGUACAUCACUUUGAAAAAUUAAAGCACUACAAUUGUGGUGAAAGAACCCAGAGUGGGGUUCAGAGGUUUCCACUAGUGUCACUAAAAGGAGUUAUUUGGUAACAUUACCAGGGAGGCAUUUUAAAAGGAAUAUGGCUGCUCUGAGAGUGCUUCAGUGCAUGGGUUGUUGUUUUUUUUUAACCAAAUGGUACAACAUACUCUGUGGCUCUUAAGAUGAUUGAUAAAUAAUAUUUCCAAUAUGCGUCAAGGAAUGCAGUGACAAAUUUGUGAAUUUCUUGUUCAAAUAAAAGCUACAUAAAUGAGCAAAGAAAUAUUUCUAAAGUCAUUUUGUACAAAAGAUGAGAUUACAGCUACCUGUGGAAUUCCACUUUGAGCUGAGUUAUGUAGAUUUGGAAGAUUUAACUUUAUUUGCCAAGAGUUUAUCUUCAGAGUUCAAGACGCUGAGUAGUUAAAUUGGUACCAGAGGUGAAGAGCGUAUUUUAAAAGGGUGGCAUCUAGCUUAGGGAGCACUGGCUCUUUAACAAUACUAGCCUUUUCUAUUCAAGAUCUCAAAUGAAGGCAGGAACUUUGAAUGUCAAACCUCCUACUGAAUAUUCCCAAGAGUCCCUUCUCAUGAGUCCUUCUUUGUUACUGAAUAUCAAACUGCAUGUGUUUUCCCAUCAGUGUACAUGGGACCAACUUAUCAACUGCCUAGCCUAAUAUAGGAUAUGCAACUAAAUGUAUACUAGAGUUGGACACUUACCUCAUCUUGGCUAGCUGUCCUCUUGUUUGUUGCAAAGUGCAUGAUUGUGUUCUUACAAAAAACAGCUCCAGUUGCAAAUCAGAAGUUUGUGGCGAUGCACAGCACUGUUAACUGCUUCCUGUAUUCACGUACUCUAUAGAGAAAGAAAUAACCGAGCAUUAGGGUUUUUCUUGAUAUUGCUUAAAAUGAGCUAAAUGACAACAAAAAAGUCAGUGUCUAUGUUUACACAGCUGCCCCAAAUGCAUUGCAGUUUCUAACAGUUAGUAGUGAUUUUCCAGCCAGCCACAGCAGAUUCUCAGCUAUUCAACAGUCAGCUCCAUAAUGCAGCUAUUUACUGGAUUUUGCAGUAAGUAUGUUUUAAAAACUGACAGACUGAAUAGGCAUUAAUAGUGCUCCAAACCUUGUUUCCCCUCCCAUCCGCCCCACCCAAAGCCUGUCUUGGUCUAAGGAAAGCUUCAUGUACUAGAGUUCUCCAGCUAGUACCCUGGGGCAAAUUUACCACAUACACCAGGAGAAGAUUGUUUUUGUAAUUUUCUUACUUGUGUCUAAUACUCCUGCCCCUUAUUCUCUGUGACCUCCAUGUUCCUCCUGGGAAUAGAGGAGAUGCUUAGGUCUUGACUUGCAUAGUAAAACUGGUUGGCUGGUGUUUUUAUUGCAAUCCUCUGUGUUUGUAUCAAUAUUUGGUUGUAACAUCAAAGGUUAAAUAUUAUUUUUGGACUGAAUUUAUGAAGCAGGGAAGAGCAUGUAUUGUAUUU